AUGGCAACGGCGCAGCGCGGUCGCGGAUGCCCGGAGGGCGGUGACAUGGGAACGCGGAAGUCCCCGCCUCCCCGCCGGCUGGGCGGUGGUGGCCGGAGUGGCCCGCAAAGAUUUGAAAGCGAGUGGCGGCGGCCAGGGCGACGGUGGCGGCCGGGCGGAAAACGUGCGGUGGGCGCGCCAGGUUCUGGAUUUUUCCGAAUUUUCCCUCCCCCGCACCCGACCCUCAGGUUCUGGAGUGGAAGUGCGCGCGGGCUGGCGGCCGCGCCGCCGGGCGGGCUGGUUCUCCGAGGGGCCUCGCCCCGCAGGCCCGGGGCCGGGAGUGUGGAAAUGGGGAGUGAAGAACAAUGGGAGAAGCUGGAUGCAGAAUUUGAUCACUUUGUGGUAGAUAUGAAGCCCUUUGUUCUAAAAUUACCCCAUAGGUCAGAACGUCAGAGGUGUGCCCUUUGGAUCAGGAAGCUGUGUGAGCCCUCGGGAACAGGCACGGGUGUGAUGGGCAGGAAGAAUCGGAAUCUCUACGCAAAGCUGCUGUUGCACAUGCUUAAGCAAGGCACGCUCGAAGGCCCCUUCGCACAUCGGCCGGAGCCCGGGACACUCAGAGCGCUGCCUUCAUACAUGUCCAUCUAUUUCGAUGAACCAAAUUCCGCACAAGCCAAAGUUCCAAGUCCAGAAGCGUUACCAGACUGGGUCGUGGGUGAGCUGGGGACAAGUGACCAAAAAUUAAAUGAAUCAUGGAAACUUUCUUCAGAAGAAGAGAGCACUCUGCUUCCCUCCCCAACGGAUGUCCACAGGAGAGUGGAGACCAACUAUUGGAACUUGGAUGACACCUUGCAAGCUUUUAAGACCAGUAGGGAACAGUACACUGGGCAGCUCCGAACGAGACCACAUUCGACGAGUCCAGCCGACAGAGAAGAUGGAGAAAAUGAGACUUCCAAGAGUUCUGAAGCUCAUUUGAAAAAAUCUGCACUUUCUUCAUUUGACAGUGACCUUGAAGCUCGCCUUAACAGCUGGAAUCUUGGGAUAGAAAAUCCACGGUAUCUGAGACAGAAGCCUGUCCCAGUUGCUCUGAUGAGCCCCAAAUUCAGCUUGAGAAAAUCCAGCAGUUUUCACGAAGACCCUUUACUCUCUCGAAUGCAUGAGAAAGAGUUGGAUAUGAAGACAAAAAUAGUGGAAGCUAAGUUCCAUGAAGAGAAGCUUAAGCUACAGCAGAAACAUGAUACUGAUGUUCAGAAGAUUUUAGACAGAAAGAAUCAUGAACUUGAAGAAAUGAAAACUCUGUACAAAACAAAGCAAAAUGAAACUGAGGAGACCAUUAGGAAGCUUGAAAAGAAAGUUCAGACCCUGAUACGUGACUGUCAGGUCAUCAGAGAGACUAAAGAAAACCAGAUAUCCGAGCUAAAAAAGAUAUGUGAGCAAAGUGCCGAGAGUCUGAAUAACAACUGGGAAAAAAAGCUGCAUGGGGCAGUAGCAGACAUGGAAAAGGAAAAGUUUGAUCUUCAGAAGAAACACACGGAAAAUAUUCAAGAAUUGCUUGAGGACACGAACUUACGUCUGAAUAAGAUGGAGGGUGAAUACUUGGCGCAAACACAGGCCACGAACCAGAUGGUCAAAGAAUUGGAGGCCCGUGUCCAGCAGCUAACCGGAGAAGCAGAGAACAGUAAUUUACAGAGGCAGAAAUUAAUUCAGGAAAAAACGGAACUCGAAAGAUGUUACCAGAUAACAUGCAAUGAAUUACAAGAAGUAAAGGCAAGGCGUAACACACUACAUAAAGAGAAGGAUCAUCUUAUAAGUGAAUAUGAGCAAAACAUAAAACUGUUACAAGCCAAACAUGAUGCCGAUCUGAAUCUUCUGAAGCAGGAUCAUGCUCUUUCAACUUCUAAGGCAUCUGGCUUGAUUGAAGAAUUAGAACAGACUGUGUGUCUAUUGAAAGAGCAGCUACAGGAAUCAGAGCAUCAAAGAACGCAACAACUGAAGGAUCAAGAAAGUAAAUUUCAAAUGGAGAAAAGUCAAUUAAAACGCACCUAUGAAAAAAAGGUUCAUGACUUGCAGAGUGAACUUGAUAAAGAGAAAGAAGAUACUCAAAAGAAAAUUCGUAAAUUUGAGGAAGCUUUGAAGGAAAAAGAAGAGCAGUUAACUCGGGUGACUGAAGUGCAGAGGCUGCAGGCCCAGCAGGCAGAUGCUGCCCUGGAAGAGUUUAAGCGGCAGGUGGAACUGAACUCGGAGAAGGUCUACGCUGAGAUGAAGGAGCAGAUGGAGAAGGUGGAAGCAGAUCUAAGUAGGUCCAAGUCUCUCCGCGAGAAACAGUCCAAGGACUUUCUGUGGCAGCUCGAUGACGUGAAGAAGAGAUAUGACCAGCAGAUAGUCGAGCUGGAGCUGGAGCACGAACAGGAGAAGACGCACCUAUUACAGCAGCACAACGCAGAGAGGGAUAGCCUAGUCCGAGACCAUGGUCGGGAAAUUGACAACCUGGAGAAACAGCUUCGCGCUGCCAAUAUGGAGCACGACAAUCAGAUCCAAGAGUUCAAGAAACGAGAUGCGCAGGUCAUUGCUGACAUGGAGGCCCAAGUUCACAAGCUGAGAGAAGAGCUGAUUAAUGUGAACUCCCAGCGGAAACAGCAGCUUGUUGAACUUGGUCUUCUUCGAGAAGAGGAAAAGCAAAGGGCUGCAAGGGACCACGAGACUGCGGUCAACAAGCUGAAGGCUGAGUCGGAGAAGAUGAAGAUAGAACUGAAGAAAACCCAUGCUGCUGAGACAGAGAUGACACUGGAGAAGGCCAGCAGCAAGCUGAAGCAGAUUGAGAAGGAAUAUACCCAGAAGCUGGCCAAAUCUUCACAGAUCAUAGCUGAACUUCAGACAACCAUUUCCUCUCUGAAAGAGGAGAGCAGCCGGCAGCAGCUUGCUGCGGAGAGGCGGCUCCAGGAUGUUAUACAAAAGUUUGAAGAUGAGAAGAAGCAGCUGAUUAGAGAUAAUGACCGAGCAAUCAAGGCCCUGCAAGAUGAACUAGAUGCCCGCUCCAAUCAGGUGCGCAACGUGGAGAAGAAGCUACAGCACCGAGAGCUGGAGUCCCAGGAACAGAUAACUUACAUACGACAAGAAUAUGAAACAAAAUUCAAAGGCUUGAUGCCAGCAUCUCUGAGACAAGAACUCGAGGACACCAUUUCCUCCCUCAGAUCUCAGGUGAGCUUUCUGCAGAAGCGAGCCUGUGUCCUUCAAGAGGAGCUGACCACCUACCAGAGCCGAAGGUAACUGCACCGGAGAUGGCGGUGGAUCCCGUUGUGGGGGCUGUGCCGAGGGCGGCGACCAGCAGGUUUGAAGAUCUGGAUUCUGUGCACUGUCGAGCCCAGUGGCAUAGUUUCAGUUUUGAAAGUAUGUACUUAGGAUCAUAAAAACAUGCGUCAUUCACA